AUGGAGGAUGGCACCCGUGAGGCAGCCUUUGUGUACGCCAUCUCAGCAGCCAGUGUGGCGUUUGCGGUCACGAGGGCCUGCAGCAGCGGAGAGCUGGAAAAAUGUGGCUGUGACCACAAUGUUCAUGGAGUCAGUCCAGAGGGGUUCCAGUGGUCGGGCUGCAGUGAUAACAUUGCAUACGGAGUGGCCUUCUCCCAGUCCUUUGUGGAUGUGAGGGAGAGGAGUAAAGGCCAGUCGUCCAAUCGGGCGCUCAUGAACCUGCACAACAACGAGGCCGGCAGGAAGGCCAUCCUGUCCCACAUGCGUGUGGAGUGCAAAUGUCACGGUGUGUCCGGCUCCUGCGAGGUGAAAACCUGCUGGAAAGCCAUGCCGCCUUUCCGCAAAGUGGGCAACGUCAUCAAGGAGAAGUUUGACGGUGCCACUGAGGUGGAGCAGCGUAAAGCGGGCACCACUAAAGUCCUCAUGCCUCGAAACUCCCAGUUCAAACCGCACACGGACGAAGAUCUGGUCUACCUUGAGCCCAGUCCGGAUUUCUGCGACCACGACCCCAAAACGCCGGGAAUGUUUGGCACGGUUGGACGUCAGUGUAACCGAACAUCAAAGGCUAUAGACGGGUGCGAGCUGAUGUGCUGUGGACGAGGUUUCCAGACUCAGGAAGUGGAGGUGGUGGACCGGUGCAGCUGCAAAUUCCACUGGUGCUGCUACGUCAAAUGCAAACAGUGCCGCAAAAUGGUGGAGAUGCACACUUGCCGGUGAUGGGAGUCGGUGGCAAAGUGGACUUAUGGACCAAUCAAACGCCCCACACUCUAAGGAAAGAAAGGGAACAAGAAUGACUGUUGAAUGUCCCUCUUCUCCUGC